GCUAUGCCCCCUCAACUACCCCCCGGUGUCCGCGUCCACCAUGACCACACUACGUCGCCCAGCCCCGGCAGCAAACGCCGCUCCCUUAUCGCCACCCGCGCCUUCGCCCCUGGCACCCCCAUAGCGACCUUCUCCAACCCACUCCUCGCCCUCCCGGACGGCGCCACCAUGCGCACAACCUGCAACUACUGCCUCCGCGUGGGUGCCUCCUCAUCUUCCUCUUCCACCACCGACAACAACAAAAACAACAGCAGCAGCGGCGACGGUAGCAGCAGCAGCAACGGCACCCCCCUGCGCGCCUGCACGGCCUGCAAAGCGGCGGUCUACUGCGGCGCGGCGUGCCAGCGCGCCCACUGGCGGGCCGUGCACAGGGCCGAGUGCAAGAUGUUUUCGCGCGUGCGCGAGAGCGCGGGCAAGGAGUGGCUGCCGACGCCGGCGUUCGGCGGCGGCGGAGGCGCAUGGGCGCUGGAGGGGAACGUGGAGGGGUUCAGGGCGGAUGAGGCGCUGUGGCGGGACUUUGAGCUGCAGGCUGCGGCCGCGGCGGUGUAUGCUGGCCUGUUGGAGUCGGAGGAGACGCUUGAGAAGGCGAGGGAGGUGCUGUGUAAGAUACAAACGAAUGCGUUCAACCGGUUGGACGCGGACACGGGCCUUUCGGGCAUCUUCUUGGAUGUCGGGCUGGCCAUGGUCAAUCAUUCUUGUGUGCCGAACGCGUUCAUCGGGUUCGACAGGAGAACAGCUGUGUUGAGGGCUGAGCGCCCGAUUCAAGAGGGGGAGGAAAUCACCAUUUCGUACAUUGACAACGCUCUGCCCAAGUCGGCUCGACAAGAAGCACUUCGACUGUACCAUUUCCGCUGCGACUGUCCCCGCUGCAGGGAUGAUCUCGAUGUCUACGAGGUUUGCCAAACUUCGCCCGACAUACCCCUGAACUCAUUUAGUCUCCAGCCGGAUCUGUCGAAGCUGCGAAGCCCGCCAGUUGACCGGUCGAGGGUGUCCAAAGGCGAGAUCGAGGCUAUCUACAACAGAUGGCAAAAACUCGACAAGCCGAAAGGGGAUGACGAGGAGGAACACACGAACCUCGCCCGCGCCCGGUGGGAGCUGUGCAGGCCACUCAUCGAAGCCAAACUGUGGGCGGUGGAGCCUUUACCAACAACCAUUCUCGAACUGGCAACCUGCUGGCAGACGAGCUACAAGAUGGUCGUCUAUGCGCUCCCCCUGCUCUGUUUCCUCUGCACUCAGUGCGAUCCUUUCAAGCUGGUAGCACCGUUCAUGCCUGCGAGGAUCAAGAGCAUCGUGGCCGUCGUCAAAUUGUUAGCAGUGACGGGGGAGCUCACGGCGAGCGGCGCCCUCGCGACGAGGUGCUCGCAUGAGGGUGUCGUAGGAACCCUGGCCAUGGCUGAUCAGGUCAGCAUGUGCGAAGCUCUGCUGCGUCUUGCUGUCCACCAUGGCUCCAUCGGCGCGGCAGAGGAUUGGGACGUGCUGAAGCAAGCAAAGUCGAUGCUUGAAGACGUCGAGAGCCUGGAGGGACGGGAUCAGGAGUCGGCCUUGGUUCGAGCGUGGGCGACGGAUCCCGAGGACCCGGAUGGAGCUGCCUUCUUUGAACGUCAGGUGCUAAGCCCUGUCAACUCGCUCGCGUCCUUUGCGAUCGAGAUCUUGGAGGCGACGUUGAGGGGAAAGGGCCUGAUUAGGAAAUAA